UAUGUUUGUUGUUGCUGCUGUAACUAACUUUUAUAAAUUAACCCAUUAUCACGAGAAAACAAGCCACGUUCGUGGUGUUCAGAAAACGGCAUUAAAAUAUUUGCAAGCCUGGCUGUUCUCGGCGUCCACACUCGCCUGUUGUGUCUACGACCCUGCUUCCACAUGGCUCAUGUCUUUGUGUACGGCACUCUGAAGAAGGGCCAACCCAACUACCACCAAAUGCUAGACUGCACCAAUGGAAAGGCAGAGUUCCUCGCCACAGCGUGCACCACACAGAAAUUUCCUCUCAUCAUUGCGAGCAAGUAUAAUAUUCCUUUCCUUCUCAACAUUCCCGGCCAGGGCCACUAUGUCCAAGGGGAGAUCUACAAGGUGAAUGACAAGAUGCUGAAAUUUCUGGAUGACUUUGAAAGCGUUCCCACCAUGUACCAGCGGACUCUGCUGAAACUGGAGGUAAAGGAGUGGGUAGGAUCAAAGGAUGGAGAGGAGGCACCGAAACCCGGGAGCAUCGUGGAAGCGUUGGUGUAUAGCACAACAACGUACAAGCCACACUGGCUUUCGCUGCCAUGCUACGAAAGCUACGACUCUGAUGGCGAUCACGGGCUACAGUAUUUUUGCAGAGAAUGCAGGUGAAGUUACCUAUUGGUUAGAUAUUUAACAGACAUUACAGAAUACUAUGUGAGAUAUCAAACGUAAAAAGUCACUGCAGCUCGCUAGGCCUGCCGAACGCUAUAACGCAUCGCUUUUAAUAAAAAAAAAAAUGCAUUGAAUUCCAGCGUUGUGCAGCUGGGUGACGGAGACGAUAUUUAAGAGAAUCAGUGUGAAAUUUCAGGAUGUAAUCCAAAGAAUAAGUGAUAAAACACCAUUUACACCUGACCAGCAGUCAGCCAACCAGAGUACAUAGUAAAAAUAGCAUUUUUCUAUUUUAUAGAAAUAAUUCGCCAUGUAAGAUGUCAAGGUUCUGAAUAUUUUUCACAGUAGCAGAAUGCUGCUGACAGUGGAAAUUGAAGGUUUUUGACAUACCAUUUGUAAUAUUUAAGAAUAAGGUAGUUUGAACCACCAGAAAUUUAAAAAGUGUGGCAGCAUAUGAUUUUAGUUACUUUGAUGUGGGACUUGUUUCAAAAAUAAAAUUGUCAUUUCAGAUAAAUGUAAUUUCAGUUGCACUUAC